UGGAACGUAGCAAGAGCUCCGCGGCUGUACCUUCGACGCUUCAUUAGUUUGAGACGUAACGCCGAUAUGCCAAGUUAGCUACACUAAGUGGCUCUGGGGCGCAUGGCUGGAUGACAGUAAGGAUGGAUGGCAAUAAAACUUCAUGUUAGCGGCACGGGUCAGCCUCAAAUGGGGCUUACUCGUGAUUUAGCUCCGCUUUGGCGAGACAUCACGCCUCGUGGGAAGGGACACCGCUUGUCAGGUAUACGUACGCUACCCGUUUUAGAAAGCUGACAUCAGUGAAGUCACGAUCUUUCUUGAUUUUAGUGCGCCGAUCUUUUUAUCCGACCGUUGUACACCGUAGGACCAGUGUCAUUUAUAAACCGGACACCAGCAGCUUUUGUACCUUUCUUCGAAGCUACAAAUGAUCUUCGUCCAAGUUUCCCAUGGUAAAAUGCACAGCCUAACCAUAAUACAUAUAAAAUCAUGUCUAUCUACGCGAGAACCCUUGGUGGACGACUCCCACACACAUUAUCUACCUUUGCCAGAACGACCAUGAUGGGUAGUACCGUACAGCUUGGACCAUUGCACACUUCGACACCAACCUCGCUCGCCGAGUUUGGAAGAAAGACGAAAGUAAUCCCUAAGCCACCAGACUCGAGGGAAAACCCAGCAGUUGGCAUUGCGCCUGACCCCAGAGAGAAUAUCGGGCAAAAGAAAUUAGCGGACUUCGACCUGAACGGUAAAGUAUUCAUCGUCACCGGUGGUGCACAGGGGUUGGGACUGUCACUAGCGGAGGCUCUCGCAGAGACGGGGGGUAAUGUCUACUGUUUCGAUCGUGAACCAAAGGCAAAUGAACAAUGGAGUGAGGCAGCAAGACGAGCUGACGAGUUCGGAGGCUCUCUCAACUACAUACAGCAAGACGUACAGGAUAUCGAGGGACUCGACCAGACUAUCGCGGACAUUGCGGAUAAGCAUUUACGGCUAGACGGCGUCGUUGCCGCAGCUGGCGUUCAGCAUCUCUCCCCGGCCGUGGAAUGGACCAAGGAAGAAGUGAACCGGAUGAUGGAUAUCAACUUCACCGGCGUGAUGAUGACAGCGACUAGCGCGGCUCGUCAGAUGUUCAAGUACAGGAUUCAUGGUAGCAUGUGUCUCAUUGCUAGCAUGUCUGGCAGCAUUGCGAACAAGGGGCUGCUAUCGCCCGUCUACAAUUCUUCUAAGGCUGCAGUUGUCCAAUUGGCCCGGAAUCUUGCGAUGGAGUGGAGCCCAAUUCGGAAAGACGGCACGGGCGGGAUCCGAGUGAACUGCAUCAGUCCGGGACACAUCCUGACGCCAAUGGUGCUCAAAAACUUCGAGGAAGUCCCAGGACUCCGUGAGAAGUGGGAGAGCGAAAACAUGAUGGGCCGAUUGGCAGAAACAAGCGAGUUUAAGGGUGCCGCGCUGUUUCUGCUGAGUAACGCCAGCAGUUUCAUGACGGGGAACAAUCUUGUUAUCGAUGGAGGCCACUCAGCGUGGUGAAGAAUUGCCCAAUUUAUUCAUUCUAGGCAAUUUAUUAUUUCUAGUACGUCGGAGUUUUGGGUAACGAGGGUAACGAAGGGCAGGACAGGGCCGGAGCUUAUGCAAGGAGGCGAGCAU